GCCGUGUUUGCUCAGGGAAUUGGCCUCGGGCUGCAAACAGUGCUGACGUCCGUUCUGUGGCUCAUUGACAUCCCAGGGGACGGCAGUGCGGGAAUGGCUCCCCUCGGUCACCAGAGAGGUUGGGUUGGGAGGGGGGACACCCUGCAGACAGACUACGGGUGGGGAGGGAGACCCCCGCAGACGGGUUGUGCCACCCUGCCUGCGUCAGUGGGUGUUUGCCCACCACCCACGGGUCUUUUGGGGGGGGGAUAAAGGCAGCUGAGCCCCGCAGCGGGGGUGAUGGACGCUGCGGUGGGAAGAUGGGCGCUGCGUGGCUCUGCCUGCUCUGCGCAGCCAGCGCCGGCCUCGUCCCGCUGGGCAUUGGGGGGGAACGACGGCUGUGGGCAGCCCCACGUCGAGAGGAGCCGGAGCUGCUCCUGCCCCGCGGGGUCGAUGCCAGAGGUGCCGGCGUCGAGGCGCUGCAGGAGGUGCUGGAGAAGCUGCGGAGCCGGGAGCUGCCGCCGACGGCCAAGAAGCCGGGCAGGGUGCCCUCGUGCCAGCUCGGGGAGCCCUGUGCUGUGCGGGUGGGGGCUCGUUUUGGGAAGCGCUGCAGCUGCCCCCCCAGCACCGCCUGCAACCUCUACAUCCUGCGGUGCUCCUAAGGGCUGGGGCCAACACGGAUGCUGCCGGGAUGCUGCUGGCUCAGGCUGUGCCAUGUGGUGUGGAAGGGGGGGCCACGGACCCCGGCCCCCUCCCCACACGGAGAUGCACUCCUCUCCCCUGAUCUGAGUGCCUUCACAAACCCUUGGGGGCCGUAUUAAACCACUUUGGACCACUUUGGCUGCCUCCUGCUCUGCUCUGUGGGGGUUUCUGUGAUGCCACCCCGGCUGUGAGCGAGUUGUGGGGUGGAAGCGGCGGGGGUGGUGAUGGGGCCGUGCUCCAUCCUCCAACAAAUAGCCCGUAUUGCUCACGCUUUCACUGCACGGCACUGCACAGCUCAGCCUGCCCAGGGGCUGUAGCGCAUCGCACAGCCCUGCACGGUGAUGUACGGCACA